UGCCAUGGCGGCGGCGGGCCCGGAGCGGCCGGGGUCCGCGGCGCUCGCCCUGCUCGGGCCGGCGCCCGGCGCGCCCUGCUGCCCUCACGGUCCUGCACUUCUGUUUGUGAAGACCGGCCAAGGCAAAGAGGAUGGAAGAAGAUUCUAUGCUUGUUCGGCUUGUAGGGAUAGAAAGGACUGUAACUUUUUUCAGUGGGAAGAUGAGAAGGUGUCAGAAACUAGGCUUGCAGCACGUGAAGAAUAUAAUAGAAGUCAUCAGCCUUUAUUUACACACAGACAGAAUGUGGACAGGUACAAAAAUUUUGUGUUGUUGCCAUUAUCAAAGAGGAGGUUUUGCCAGGAAUGCCAGCAAUUGCUAUUGCCAGCAGAAUGGAAAAAACACUCAGAUCACCAGUUCCUCUGUGAAAUCACCACUGCUCAGCUGAAAAGUCCAAGUCAACUUCUCUAUCCACUGGAGAAUAAAAAAACAAAUGCACAGUAUUUAUUUGCAGACAGAAGUUGCCAGUUCCUGCUGAAUCUCCUUAUAGAUUUAGGAUUCAGACGAGUCCUCUCUGUUGGAACACCCAGGCUUCAUGAAAUGAUCCAGUCAAAAGCAUCACAUGAAGAAGGAUUCAAUGUUAGAAGCCUUCUGCUAGAUAUUGAUUUCAGGUAUUCACAAUUUUACACAGAGGAUGAGUUUUGCCACUACAACAUGUUUAAUCAUCAUUUUUUUGGUGGAGAGGCUGCACGUGAAACUUGCAGGAAAUUCUUGUGUGAAGAGCAUGGUGAAAGAGUCAUUAUGGUAACUGAUCCCCCAUUUGGAGGUUUAGUGGAAGCACUGGCUUCUAGUUUUAAAAAACUGAUGGCAAUGUGGAGGGAGACAGAAAAAGAAGUUUUUUCAUUACUAGGUCAUGACAAUAGAGAGAUGCCCAUGUUCUGGAUAUUUCCAUACUUCUUUGAGUCCCGCAUUCUUGACUUUUUCCCAAGCUUCAGUAUGAUGGAUUACCAGGUAGACUAUGAUAAUCAUGCACUGUAUAAACAUGGCAAGACAGGUCGUAGACAGUCUCCUGUCCGUAUUUUCACGAACCUUACCCCAAGUAUGAUUGUGCUUCCUGAAGAAGAGGGAUAUAGGUUUUGCACUGUAUGUCAGCGAUAUGUUAGUUCUGGUAACCAGCACUGUGAGAUAUGCAAUUCAUGUACAUCAAAAGAUGGCAGACGAUGGAAACAUUGUGCUCUUUGCAAAAAAUGUGUAAAGCCCUCUUGGUUUCACUGUAACAAUUGCAGCUGCUGCACUCUUCAGAAGCACAGCUGUGAGAAGACUGACACUGGCUGUUUCGUUUGUGGCAAGGCAGGUCACAAGCGCAGUGCCUGUCCCAAUCUCUCCCGCAGCAGAGCAGCUUGUCAACCUGACAAAAAGAAAGGGCAGAAAACUCGAAAGAGAAGAAAAAUGGGGAUCUGUAAAAGAUUAGCUAUGAAACAUGCCAUGUUCCCCAAGAGGAAAGUAAAGAAUAAGAAAAAAAAAAAGACAUGACCUUUCUUGCUGCUAUAUAGUUGCUAAUUUAUUUUUUUAUUGUCAGCCUUUUGUUCCAUUUUCUAAAAAUGUAAGUGCUAACAUUCAGAAUAAAACCUGAUUGAAUUAA